AUGCUGCUACUUAACCAACUGCUACAGCUGGGACACCUUGAUGAAGACUGUGUAACAGAGCUUUCUGUGUUUCACAACCAGAGCAGAGAGAGUAUAUCAGCAUUAGUAUCAGAGUGGAAUUAUGACCACAUGUCAGCAACCUAUCUUUUGCUUCAAUCCAAGAAGGUUUGGCACUUAAGAAUUUCAUCACAAACAGGACAUGCCAGUACAACACAGUCAGCAAGCCUGGGGUCUGAAAAGGUUCUGACACCUGAAGAUGUGCCAGAUGCAUUUGGAUCCAUGGAAUUUUCUGAUGCAGCUUCAUUGUUUGAAGAGUCUCCACUAGAAGAGUUUAUUCUAAAUACUCUCAGAACAAAGCAGCAUUCAAGGCAUGAUACUCAGCUGGGUGAUACGGAAUUCACACUGUCAACUCCAGUGACAAGAAAAGUGGCAUCUAAGAAGCAUGCAAACAAAGAGAAUGUUGAUGCAUAGUCAGCAUUAAGAAAUGAGCUGCCCUUUGCACUUCCUGCUCCAAAGGCCUCCUUUUCAAAGAGUGAGACAGAAAAGCAAGUACAAGGCAUACCCCUUCAGACACCUACUUCCAAAUGUAUCCAGUUCACAACAAUCACUACAUUUAAGAAGCCCAAAAGACCAACAAAUUCGUAUGAACUGACAGCAACUGAGGUUCUUCCUGAGAGGAGGUGUCAUUCUGUGGAUGUAGGUCUCAACCUAGCUCAUGUGGAUAGCAGCCAAAAGAAGAGAAAGGCCAAACUACCUGGAAGUCUUGAAAGAGGCCUAGAUAAAGUGAUUACAAUGCUUACACCAGGCAAAAAAAAGCAAUUCAGUAGAUGUGUGCCAAGAAAACUUAAGGCACACUAUAAUGUUACCAUGACUCAACUACUGAAUCCAGACCAAGUGCUGAAUGAAAUAAUCUCUGUUCUUUCAAAGAAGCAAGUGGAAUACAUUAAGAAGGGCUACACCUUGAAAUGCCAAACAAAGCCAGAUUUUGGCAAAGAAUCUAUGAAUUUUGAGUUAGAAGUGUGUCAGGUCAGUAAGAAUGAAGCAGUUGGUAUCAGGAGACAGAGGCUGAGAGGAGAUGCUUGGGUCUACAAGAGGCUGGUGGAAGACAUUUUAUCCAGCUGCCAAGUGUGACUGCUGCUCAGAAAGCCACAAUGUUGUACUGAGACUUUAAUCAUCAUUUUAGAAAAAUCAGUUUGGGAAUGUAAUUUGUAAUCUCCUUCACAGCUGUAUUUGAGAAAUCUUGUCAGCUCUUACAGUUUUAACCACUCCCUUUGUGUAUAUGCCCACUGCAUCUUUCCUUUUCUUACGAAAACUGUCAACUUUUGCUAUACGUUCUGCAGUUGUAACUCGACUGGAAUAAAAUUCCUUAAACUACCCCCUAGCUCCACUGCCCCAUUUUUCAUAUCUGCUAUAAAAAGAAAGUUAUUGGUGUUGAUAUGCUGAGGCU